UGUUCAAUGUUCAAGUCUAGGAUACUACGUUGUGUAUAUCUUCUUAUUUUGACAGCCGGUGUGUUUUCUACCUUACAUUUCAGUACAGGUAUAUAAUAUUACAAUAGCUUUUAUGAAAAAAGGAGAAGAACGUUUACAAUAAAUUUAAUGUUCCGCGUUCGAAAGUAGGAAACAGCAUUUUCCUAUUAGUCACAGUGGCUUAAAUUUUCAACAAUUUCGAAUAUUUCAUAUUUUCUUAUAUUUAGUUGUUUUGUUAACGAAUAAAAUUCAUCAGAACAAUGUCUGAUAAACAAAUAUAUUACUCGGAUAAGUACUACGAUGACAAAUACGAAUACAGGCAUGUUGUUUUACCUAAAGAAAUGGCCAAAACUAUACCAAAAACACAUUUGUUAACAGAAGAUGAAUGGAGAUCAAUUGGUGUUCAGCAGAGCAAAGGAUGGGUUCAUUAUAUGAUUCAUGAACCUGAACCACAUAUUUUAUUGUUCAAAAGGCCAAGAACAAAUUGAGUGUUCAUUGCAAUUAAUUUAUAGAUGUGAAGAAUAUUGGAUCAAAAAAUAAGUGUCUUAUUUUUUCUAAGCUCUAUUGUACAUAAAAAGUGUAAAUGCUGAAUUGAUUAUUUUCGUACUUUAUAAUAAAUAUUUAA